UUAUACAAAGUUGGUGACACAGUAAGUAAAUGGAGUUGGUGUUAUAUAUAUAACCCUCCUCGCACACCAUUUUCUUGUCACUGCCAAAGCUUCCUCCAAUCACAACCUUAAACCUUAAACCUUCUUCUUCUUCUCAGAAAAUAGACAUGGCAAAAGCAAUUGCAGCUUCUUUCUUGCUUCUGAUGCUGGCUUUUCCCACUGUCUUCGCUGUUGACUAUGAUGUUGGUGACACGAGUGGAUGGGCCUCAGGGGUUGAUUACACCAAUUGGGUCUCUGGCAAAACUUUCAAAGUUGGUGAUAAUUUGGUGUUCAAGUAUGAUUCGAGCCAUGAAGUUGAUGAGGUUAACGAGAAUGGCUACAGCAGUUGCAGUUCAAGCAACCUCAUCAAGAACCACAAUGAUGGAAACAGCAAGAUUGCAUUGUCUUCAACCGGAAACAGGUACUUCAUAUGCCCAAGGCCAGGGCACUGUGCCGGAGGAAUGAAGCUUCAGAUCAAUGUGGUGGCCGCCAACUCCACCACCCCUUCGACCCCUUCAACACCUUCUUCUCCGCCGUCUGAGUCAGGUUCUCCUUCCACCACCAACACCACUUCACCGCCGUCAAAGCCCAACGGAGCGGUUGCAGUUUCCGGCAGCAUUGGGCUUCUGGCGGCUGCUUCGGCGGUUGUUCUUGGUUUCAUGGGCUAGGGAAGAGACAGUGCUGUUUUUUCAUCUUUAUUCAUCGAUAUGUUUUUUUUUUUGAGUUGCUGUGAGCUUCAUUUGAUUCACAUGUUUGCCUCAUCUUCUUCAUGUCUAUCACCCUUUGACUUAAGAAAAUGACAUUUUUCUUCAACUUUUCCUUUC